AUGGAACUAGACUUCUCUUCUGUUGAAGAUUCUCAACCAUCUGAGUCAGUCUCAAUGGUGCCUAUGGAAAAGUCCGUGGAGGGCUACCGAAAUUCUACUAAAAAUUCUACAGUUGUUAAAUAAGUCAACAAUACUAAGCAAUAAGACUAAUUGAUGAGGAAUACAACAUAUGAUCAAUAGAAAUUCAAAGAUGUAAAAGCAUAAAACAACAUAGUAUUAGUAUCGAGCAGUGAUUAAAAGCAAGCUAAAAAGGAGGAAAAGAAGAAGAAGCCGCAGUAUUUAUAUCUCUGCACUGCUAAGACUCGCUAUGUAGUGGUAAAAAAAGCCUGUCGCUAGCUGGGCUUCAAGCAGACAGAGGAUGAGAAUGCAGACUGGGAUCUGUACUGGUGUGACACUGGGGGAAUAACGCCUGAACAGCUAUCAAAGAUGCUCAACUAUCAGAGAAUCAAUCACUUCCCUGGAAUGUACUAACUUGCUCGUAAGAAUAAUCUUUGUCGAAACCUUAUGCGUAUGAACAGAGCAUUCAAGCAAGAUUAUAAUUUCUUCCCCAAGACAUGGAUUCUGCCUCAAGAAAUGAGUGAGUUUAGAAACCAAUUUAACACAACCAGCAAGAAGAAGGCGAAGACUUUCAUCGUAAAGCCAGUGCAUCUCUGUCAGGGCAGGGGUAUUUUCCUUGUGAGGAAAUUCGAGGAUGUAGAUUUAAAGCAAGGAGAUCAAUAUGUUGCUCAGCGAUACAUGAGUAAACCCUAUUUGAUUGAUGGCUUGAAAUUCGAUUUGAGAAUUUAUGCUCUCGUCUACGGAGUUGACCCUUUAAGAGUCUUUGUGUAUUAGGAAGGAUUAGGAAGAUUCGCCACAGAGGAGUAUGUAGGUCCUAGUAAUGGGAACUUAGACAACUUAUUCAUGCAUUUAACAAAUUAUGCUAUCAAUAAAAACAGUGAAAACUUUGUUUUCAACGAGGAUUAGGAUGAUGACUCUAGUGGACAUAAAAGAAGUCUUACUGCUGUUCUGGAUUAUAUUCGAGAAAAUGAGCCUUAGUGUGAUGUCGAUAAACUUUGGUAGGAUAUGCAGGAUAUUAUUGCUAAAACUUUGAUAUCAGUGCAACCCUCUCUGCAGCAUGCAUACAGAUCAAGCUAGCCUGAAGAUCUAGAGAAUUCAAUGUGCUUUGAAGUUUUAGGAUUUGAUAUCAUUUUAGACCACAAACUCAGACCAUAUGUUUUAGAAGUUAAUCACGCAGCAUCAUUUGCAACUGAUAGCCCCUUAGACAAGAAAAUUAAGCUUGACUUAAUGAAGGACACUUUUAGCAUGCUAAACCUCUCAACCAAAAGAAAAAAGCAACUAAAAAAAGAAAAAGCAGAAAACUUUAACAGAAGGUAAAUGGGUGAAAAAGGACCAUCAAAAAUUGAAAAAGACCUGAUUAGGAAAAAGAAGUAAGCCGAAAGAGAUCAGUUUGAUAUGAAUCAUCUUGGUAAUUAUAAACUAGUCUAUCCAGUAAAAGCUUAGAAGUUCGAGUAGUACAUGGAUCAAGCACGAAUAGUAUGGUCUGAAUUCACAGGUGGGGUGAAGCACGUCCCUUAAAAUUCAAGCAAUCUGAAGUAAUCUACCACUAAUCUUUAGCCAGCUGCAAAAGCUAAGACAGACUUGCUGACUAAUAAAGCCAAGGCUUAUAACCUUUAGAGUUAAAUAGCUAAGGACACCAAGUCUGGCAAUGGAAGUCAAAACAUGGACUAGAGUGGAAGUAGCAACGCAGAAAAAGUAUUUAUAAAGAGAAAUACCUAGCAAGUAAAUUCUGCUGCUGAUCAGCAAACUUUCAAAUAAGGGUAAAGUAUCUUACAAAAUAAUCACUAUAAUAGAAAUAAUCCUGUAGACCUAACAAGAACCAACUCAACUUUUAACUCUUAAAAUGUGUCAAAUAAUGCUUAAGACUUAUCAAUGGUGUCGCCUGUAAAGUAGGAAACUUUGGAAUCAAUACAGACCCAUCCUGCAGACUCUCCUCAGCAUAAUAACUAGUAGUUGAUGACCCCGCAGCCGAAUUCUCAGAUGUAAUCCUUGAAUCUCCACCAUACUACAGGCGACUUUGGAGUUCAAUCUCAAAAUCUUGUAGAAGCCAUCCACAAGAGAUUCCCAAUGGUUAGACUUGAAAGCUCUUCUUUGCAAAAUUAUGGUUAGUUCUAUAGUCCACCAAGUGUGAAUAAUCUGCUGCCAAACUCUUAGUUCUCCAGCGCCUAGAAAAGUGGGAAAAUCAAUACUCAGAUGAGUCGGCAAUCUUUCCCUUCCAAUAUGACAGAACAGCAAAGCAAUUACAAUAGAAUGAAGCCAUUUAUCAAUCAUCCUUCAAGCACUUCUAAUAAUGAGCAGCAGCAGUAAAAUCCACACUCUGCAUCUACAGCCAUAUCUAGUCUCUCAAACAACUCUGGAAUGACUGUCACUAACAUAUCCACUAAGUAAAAAGCAUCCGCUUCUCAGUCUUUCUCCUUGAGAAAAGAUAGAAAGAGUAGCAGUCAAUAGCCUGCUAUGAAUCAGAUUUAAGUGCCUCAGUACUAAGUACCAAUCAAUCAAUUCUUAUUCAAUCAUCAAAGUAUAAAUCAGGCAGUGCAAUCAAUAGAUAGAUACUAAAUACUCAAGCAUAUGGAUCAAGUCAAGAGAGGAAUUCAUCCAUAAUAGCAAAUGCAGAUCAUAAGACAAAAGAUCACAAAUAAGCAGCAAAGUCAAGAUGGAGGUAACACUAUGCAGCAAAGUGGCAGGCAUUAUUCGACUUCAGGAAGAGGACCAACUACUGGUUUGUAAAAUCAGCUGUCAUUAGCUGAAUGGCUUUCGAUUGGAAAUGGGAAUAAUGAUCCUAAUAGAUAUAAGUAAAUGUAGCAAUAGUAACAGAGAUAGCAUAACUAACAUCAUCCAACUGCUGCCUCUAGAGUAGGUGUGUUCAAACAGUCUGGAACUAUUACUGCUAUUUAAAGCAACAUUAUUGCAUGA